AUGGAGAGCACGGGCACCAACCAGGCAUCCGACUCGUCUCGCACGAGGAUCGCAACUUGUGACCGGGGCCAGGUGGAGCGCCAGCUGCGCAUGGCCAGCACGAAUGGUGAGAGCAAGAGCUGGAAGCAGGAGGAGAUCGAAACGAGCCGAAAGAUCAAUGAGAAUCCGACGCCUGCUCCAACCUCGACAAAGAACCGGCAGGAAACGAUUCCUCGCCAGAUCCGUGGACGGCCCAUGUUCUUAGGCGAGGCGAAGGAGAUCCUCAAGGCCUUCAAGGAGUCACUGCUGACGCCUGCCGUCGUGAGGACCAUGCAAAACAUCGAGCAGCGCGGCGGGAUGCACAUGGAGCAGCAUCGGCGGGUGUUGAUCACGCAGGAGUGGAACCCCAUCAUGAAAAGGUUCGACUUUCCCACCACCGAGGAUGGGUACAAUGCCAUGAAGUCUGGCAUCAGGGAGUUUGCGGACAACGACUACGUGCGUUCUUGUUGCCACGAGGUCGAGCAUCUCUGCGGCGCUCCAGCCGGAGCCUACUUCGGCGUCCCCACAGCCGAGGAGUGGGCGGCUCGGAAGGCUGCCGAGGCGGAAGCUGCACGAGCCGAGGAGAAGCGGAAAGAGGAGGAAGCCAAGAGAAAGGCCGAAGAAUCCCGAAAGGCCGAGGAGAAGAGGAAAGCCGAGGAAGCGAAGAGGCAGGCCGAAGCGGCGAAGAAGGCCGAGGAGGAGCGACAGAGAGCAGAGGCGGAAGCGCGGAGAAUCGCGGAGGAAGAAGCGAAGCGGAAAGCAGAAGCUGAAGCUCAGAAACAUGAGGAGGAAGAAGCCAGACGGCGUCUGGAGGCUGAAUCCAGGAGGAAGGCAGAAGAAGAAUCGCAGAAAGCAGAGGCCGAACAGAGGGAAGCGGCGCAGCUGAGCCAGACAGAGGUUCCAAAGAGUGCCGAGGAUCAAGCUCAAGUUCAAGCAGAGAAUGGUGAGGAUCUAAGAACUGAGACGAGCUGCGAACCAGGCCAAGCUGACGAGCUGGAGAGGCUCGCAGAGGAGGCGCGGCAGAGAGCUGCCAAACUGAGACGAGCAGAUGAAGCACCGCCUGAUUCACCACGAAAUGAGCCAGAAUCAGGCAGGGACACUGGCGAUGCCGUAGCCAGGGUGGAAGAAGGUGAAGCAGUCCAAUCGCAGAAGGAAGAGGAGAGCCAUGUCCGGGAUGCAGCAAAGCCUGUAAGUCCCGACUCGGCAGAGGACUUGCAAGUGAAAGAGUCGAAUCUCAAAGAGGAGAGCAAUAGCAAUUUUUUCCACGAAGAGCAUCAUUGCUUUGAUGUUGCUCACCAGGUGCCAUUGUGGGAACUGCCCUCAAAAGAGUCCAGACUUGUCGGGGCUGCCAGCAAAGGCGCGCAACUGCUGGGAGCAGUACAGGAAAGUACAGGGGGACAGCAAUGGCUCCAUGUUUCGUCACGAAGCUGCCAUGCCAUGGGUGCUUUGGCUGAUUCGGCUUGGGCACUGAUUCACGAGCUCAACCUCGUCCCGGCUGUAGAACGCCAGCCGCAGGCUUUGGGCUAUGCAGGACGAUAUGAAGUGGCACAUGGAAAAGUGGCAGUCAGGGCUUCUCCUUCUUUGAAGGGCAAGAUAAUUGGAGUGGUGCACGAAGGCCGAAUACUCAUGGGAACACCCCAUAAAGUUGGUGGCUACGCAUGGCUCCGCUUUGAGGAGAGUUCAAGGAAGAAACUCGCAGACAUCGGCGAGGAGGCUUGGGCGCUGAUAGAUGGGGAACCCCUAGGGCUCCAGGAGCUUCUGAGACCAUUGGACAACGACGGCCGCAAGACGCUGGAGUCCUUCCAUGCGAAGCAGCAACCCGAAGAAGCUUCCACAGCCGCUCUCGCCGGCCCCACAGAGGAGAAGACAGACGGCCCGAGUGAAGGCCAUGAAGCGAAAGACUCCAAAAAGGACUCGAAGAAGGAACCGGAUGCCAAGCAUGAUGCUAAGGAGGCCACAACAACGGCGAUAUCCGACCCAGCAAAGGUGGAAUCACGCAUGAAGGCAGCUCAACAAGCUCGGGACGUACUUUCUGGACCCAUCGAGUACAAAGUCCUUGCCCAAGACCAUGCCGCCCCGGUGAGACGAGAGCCACUGGUGCAGUCGCCCGAAGUCGGCAAGCUUGAGAGAGGUCGCUUGGUUCUCGGUUAUCCCGGCGGAGGCUGGUUGCAGCUCGCUGCAGUUGACGACGUUGAGAAGAAGAUGCAUGGCUGUUGGGUCUUCAUCGGCACCCGUUUGUCUGCACAGUGGGCGGAGCUGACCAUUACCGGGGAGUUUGAGGGAGCCCUCGAGCUUUCCUGGCUUGGCCUCCGAAAGGACAAGCGUGUGGCCUACAACGUGGAGUGGCGCACUCCUGAGGGCGCUACGAAUCCCAAGAAGGGCCACAAGAUCUCGGCGGCGAAUAAGGUGUUGGUGAGCGGCCUUCCACAAGGGUGCGAGCUGAGCUUUCGAGUGGGAGCUCGAGUUGCUGCCGACGGAGACCAGGAUGACAAGGAUGUUCGUUUGUGGGGCUCCUGGACACAGCUCUUGACCGGCCAAUUCUCGUGA